AUGCCCUUCACCGAGGAGGGUAAUACCUGGUGUCAAGAAGGGUAUGCCAACCACGGUCUGGGCAGACGUUAUCACAGAGUACAAGCGGCCGAAGACCACUAUGCUGCUGAGAUGAGGGCUGCCUCGGACAUCCAACGGAUAUUUCGCGGGGCCCUCUGCCGCUUCCGAUACGAAAGGGUUCGACGAGCUAUUGAGUUGAUCCAACGUGUCUAUCGCGGCUUUGUGACGAGAUGUGAAGUGCAGGCGCUGAGGUGGGCUGAGCAGGCUCGGAGGCUCAAGGAUCAACAGUUGGCUUUCUUCAACGCUCAAGCCGAGUCGAUACAACGCGUGUUCAAAGGCUUCUGGUCGAGGCGGUACCUGCACGACUUCUAUGCAAUGAAGAGAUAUCUUUUGGAGGUUGUGGAACGGGGAGAGCGCUCGCGUACAUAUCUACAAGAGGUAGCGGAUGCUCAUCUGAAAGAACAGCUAGAGGAAUCGGCGCGAGCUCAGGAGCUGGCAAUUCAGAAGACUCUUUCGGAAUGUGGUCACCUAGUGUCUACUAUAUCCUGCCCUGGAGUCUACAACUCUCCCUAUGCGAAGUCCCAACCACAUGUGUUAGGGGAGGUCCAACCCAAGCAGGCCCCACAGGGCGACGUAACUCCAGACUCGGUAGGCUUCGUCGUGGCUAGAGAGGCUCUACCUUGCUAUGGUAUACAGGCAUAUGAAAAGUUCCUGCUUUCUACUGCUACAGCGAAUGUAGGCCGCCAACAGGCCAUCCAGGGGCCCUUUAAAACGAGUCGGCAGAUCGCAUUGUUGAACUCUCGAGCUGCGACUAACUUCCGCUCGCUGACUAGCUCAGUGCGCUACGAUAAAGUAGAUAAGGAGGUUCGAAUGCAAAAGAGAAUAGCCAAGAUGACCUACAAGGGGCCUGGGUUCAGGGUUAUGAAAACGCACGUGUCACGUCCUGGCCCAACAGUGCAGGCGGAUAGUCUUUAUACUGCUCCGGUGGAAUUCCGUAGUGAUUAUACUGAACUCCCGAAGAUACCUGGCAAGGUCCAGUUCUUAACUGCUGUGGAGUCCGGCAAGAGCUUCCAGGAUUAUACUGCGGAGUUGGCGCAGCAAGAGGUUACCUCUGAGGUACCUAGGCUGCCUCCACUUACUCCUAAGGCAUGA